UUAAAAUUUCAUUUGCUGGAAAUGUAGGAUGUAUUCUUAAAAUAAUUUUAACAUCCUGUAUGACGGCUUAUAUAAAAUGAGGGAAAAGUCACCACGCAAUGCAAACUACAUUCACGGGAUAGAUAGAUAGAUACUUUUUAUUCCUCGAUUAGUGAAGAGAUUUUGAUUACUUGUAGAAAACCAUGCGUUAGCAUACCAGCCAAUAUAGGUGAGUAAAUAUUCUUGGCUUAGCUGGGAAGGACUUGAAGCAAUCAGUUGUUUGUAUAACUGACUCACUGAUAGCGAACAUAGAACAGUUCAGAAACAUCGCCAUGCCUGGGGAACAGCUGACUUGUGUGUGGCAAACUGCGUUUGCGAAGGGUCUUCAUAAUAACAGUACUAGUGGGGAUAUACCAAAGGAAUCCAUCAAAGAAUUAAUGUUAGCAUUAGCAAAUCUGGAAUCUGUCCAUUAUUCUGUAAGAACAUUCCAAGAAGUUUUUGGAAGCUCCGAUGUCAUCAGUUUCAAAUCUUUCAAGCGGUACGUUGAUACUCAUCUAAGAGAAAAGGGAUAUCCGCUUCAUCUUGUUUUAGAUGAAAUAGAAAGAAAAUGUUGGGAGCUUUGCCAGCCAUAUUACAAAACUACUCUCAACAAAGAAGACACUCGAAAACUUUGGAUGAUAUCAAACCGGCUGGUAGACGAGAAUUCGUAUCCAUCUGUCAUCUGUCAGCGGGAGGGGAACUGGUUCAUGGAAAAAAUGUUCACAACCAUUGGCAAGAUGUGGAAAUGCAGUGAGGUUUUCAAAACCGAGGGAGCUACAUUUCAAGAUCUCUUAAAUAUAGUCGAAGACACGGUUCUGCAUGAAACAUCCCAGGACAAAAUGCAGAAGAGCAUGACUACUUUGUACGCUAGUAUUGUCACAGAGGUAAUGAAGUCCGGGUGGGUCUACAAACGUACCAGGAAGCAAGCCAACUGGACCAACUGGGUCCACAGAUGGUGCAUCCUUACACCAAAUAAAAUUAUCUACUGCAAGGAGGAAAAAGCUACACCAAAGUUAAGCCAAACAAAGGGAGAACUAUUGAUAAAUAAGCACACAAAAUUACUCGGUCUGAAUGACUACAAUGGUCUGAUUCACAAACUGAAGGGUCGAUUCAUUGUAUCAAAUGAACCUGUUAUUGAUUUGGAAGUUGCUGUUGGUAGUGCUGAAGAAAAGGUGUCCUGGCUGUCGGCCCUUGAAGAAUCCAUUAAGUGCUGCAGAGAAAAAACGACACCUAUUCAAAAGUUAUUAAAUGAGCGACGGGGUCUUGACGUGAAAAACGAGCAUGGAAAGAUCCAGAAAGAUAAUAAAGGCCCAACUACAACCACAAAAAUGAUAAUUUCAGCCAAAAACGGGAAACACGUUCACACCGGAGAAGACGAAGACAACAAAGAAUUGUCAGAAAACAUCGUUCAUGCAAAUAUGGAAAAAAUGAAAGCCGUUUUUAUGAAGAUGGACAAAGACGGGAAUGGACGGAUCGACAUAGAGGAGUUUGCAGCAUUUCUUCAAAGUAUUGGCCUUCAGAUGUCAAAACAAGAAGCAAAUAUGGUUUAUAAAAGUGUCGACACAGACGGCAAUGGAUAUGUAUCGUUCGAAGAAUUCCAGUUAUAUUUUACCAAACACGUCAUGGAUGAAACCUCCUCUGCAGAGUGCGUCAACGCCAUGAGAAGGGCUUUCAUGGAAGCAGAUAGAGAUGGCUCGGGAACUCUCAGUUUCCGAGAAUUCACAGAGUAUAUUUGGGACAAAAAAAGAUCAAUCAGAAUGUCGCAAGUAAUGAAGGUGUUUUCCGAAGCAACAAAAUCCGGUUCAGAUGAAGUGUCAUUCACAGAUUUUCAACAAGUCAUACAAAAUGGAGCAUCUAACCUUAUGAUGCCCAUCAUAGAAGGGGACAUAAACGAAGAUGAAACAUCCGAUGUUUUCCGGGACCAGCUUAAACAAGUUUACGACGAUACAGAGGCAAAGGAACUAGCUUCUUACAUUCGAGGUAGAUGGAACAAAUUUGCAUCUUUUCGACGUGCAGGGGCUACUGGUACUGUGGUCAUGACAGGUGGACAUGGAAUGGUGGCAGAUAUCCUUCCAGGAGAAUACAAUCUGGUAGAUCUUGCAUGUUUCAGCGACCUUCCGCCACUGGUUCCAAAACAUACCGUUAUUAAAGGAGUGAAAUGGGUUUCUAGCUCAAUUCCUGGAAAGUCUGGUAAAGCAAUUUUUCCAAAGGAUUUCGAUGGAAAGAUUGUGACAGAUCUUGCUACAAAUGAACUUCUCCGAUACUACGGCUGUAGUUUCGCUGAUACACAACAAGAAAAGGUUUCCCUGCUAUAUCGACAUGGUAUCCAGGAUUUCACAUACGAAAACGGAUAUCUGGAGAAGUACGUUACAACUGCAAAUGGCGGCGCAGGGAUUGAAAAACACGACUUUUCGCAUCUUGAUUGUCCCUUGGCCGCAAAUUCAGGGACAUUUAUACUUGGCAAGUUUACGGAUGACGAUGAGAUUCAUAUCACUGGAUUCAAAAUCCCAGUGAGGCACACUCUGUAUAUACCAGGCGGAACCAUCCACUGCAACGACUAUUUGUCAGGAACGUGGAGGACGAUGUUGUCCGACGAAACAGAUAUUGAUCACGUGCAUCUUACCAGAGCCCUAAGCAACGAGAAUGGAGGGAAAUACGAGCAUUUCCAGUUUCAGUUCGAUUGAAAAAAUAUUGUGUAUAGAAGAAUUAGUACUAACUGAAAUUAGGUCCUGCUUUGUAUUUAAAACAUGUUAUUAAAUCUUUAUUUCUACUUGUGAACAUGUUAUGCUUUGUGUGUGAAAUGUUUUUAUACGAAUAUUAAGAUGACUCCAGAAAAAAGUUAUAUUAUGUUGAUGUUUACGAACAGAAAUUUGUAUUUUGGGAAUUGAUUUUAGAUGUGUUUGUACUUUAACGAUGUAAUCGUUGGCCAAAAUUUCAACACGACGGAAUUUUGUAGAACUUUUUGCACAACGCUGUAUGCAUUUUUUUUUAUUUGCACGUGUAGAAGCAGAAAAUAGCAUAAAAUUUUAAAGGCUAAGAACCAUCUUUAUAAAACAAAUUCUGUCUAAAAAAGGUAAUUUAGAAACUAACGUCACUUACGUAAUUGUUUACUUCGGUUUUGUCACGUGACGAGACAUGUGAGAAUCCCGUUAAAGACACGUGAUUCAUCACCAUGCUAAGAUACAUGUACGUGUAUUCGAUGUAGUUAAAGUCUUAGUUGUGUCACGUGGUCAUUUUGUAUUGUUCAUUGUUCAUCCCUCGUUGUAUCGUUGUUUUUCUGUCGUAUAUAAUAUAAUAUUAUUCAAAUGCUUAAAAUACUUUACAAUGUUGUUUUAUAUGUAGUCAUUGAUUAAAAGUGAUAUUUUA